CAACCACUUGCCUUUUUGUAAGAGGGGGUUGAUAAAAAUGGGGGAGGCUGUCAAGACAUGUGCUAGAGGAGGAGAAGACUGCCCCAUCAACAGCCAGUCUCGAAUAUCUCUCUCUUAAAAGGAAUAUGAAAACCUGAAAAUAUACCUGAAGAGGUAGCUACAGCUAAACAAGGGUAAAGAGGUGUGUGUUCCCAUGGAUGAUUCAAGCCUGUCAAGCAGUGUUGACGUAGACAAAGCCUUCGCCAUUGCCUUUGUUGUUCUUCUGUUUCUGUUCCUAAUUGUGAUGAUUUUUCGGUGUGCCAAGUUGGUGAAGAAUCCUUACAAGGCCAGCUCUGCAACCACAGAACCAUCUCUGAGCUGAACUAUGAAAAAGCCUGAUACACUCCCCCUCACAGGAGGCUUGAAAUCUUCUAUACAGAUAUUUAUGACCCAGACUUUAUAUUAUUUCAUCAUUCUUUGUGUUAGCUUUCUCACUCUUGCAUUCCACAAUAGGCACAUGAGGGUGGUUUGAAAAUAAUUAAAAAGAUGAAACACAAGCCAGUUUCCAUUGUUCCUAUUCAGGGAAAUGGUUUCAAAAUGGGACUGAGACAGGUUGAACUCAUUGAUUAAAAUAAGGCCAUGGGUUUCAAUUCUUCAGUAUCAAAUAUCCUUAAGAUAGUUGGAUAUAACUGUAUGAUAUAAUUUAA